AUGGAUGAGUACAAGAAGUAUCUGGCGGAUCAGAUCCUCAGCGAGGAGAAGAUUGUGACGUAUCGCAGCCUUAGCAGGGCCUUGAAAAUUCACGUCAACACUGCGAAAGGCAUGCUCUAUGAGUUCCAUCGCUCUCAAAAUGCUGCGCGCCCUGGCACCAUCCAUGCCACCUACUUGAUCUACGGCACCCAGAAGGUAGCCAAGGUUCAGGAAGAUGGCGACGUUGAGAUGACCAGUUCUCCUCCCGAAGUCGAACCCCUUUCUGAAGAGGUCGUCACCCAUUCUUUGACCUUUGUCCCUGGCGACCGUUUGAAGGAGGUGUUGGCGACGUAUGAGGAGGUCUCUUCAUUUCAUAUCUACAGCCUCGCUCGCCAUCCCACUAGGGAGCCACAAAUGCUGGCAGAUGUGUCCCAGCAAAUUCGGGAGCAGACCGGUGACGACAGCAUCUCUAUGAUGGAGGCCUACGGCUCGAUCACAAAUCCCAACGUUCGGAGGCGCGACCGCAAAGGCAAGCCGCCCGUCGCUGCGGCUGCUACGCCGGCGGCCAAGCCUGUCAAGAAGGAGCCCGCAAAUGUGGCAUCCAAACCCGCCGCCGAACCAAAGGCAGAAGAUGUCAAGAAGGAGAUUGGCAAGAAGGAGGCUAAGCCCGCGGCCAAGGAGUCGCCGUUCUCGACGGCCGCCAGCAAGAAGGGCUCAGCACCUCCCACGUUGAAGAAGAGUGGAUCCUCGGGCAUCAUGGGAUCCUUCGCGAAAGCUGCAGCAAAGGCCGCGAGCAAGCCGAAGGAGGCACCGAAGAAGGAGGAACCUGUCAACGAUUCCCCUGCGCUGUCUGACGAUGGCGAGGACGACGACGACGACAUUCCGGCUGCUAAGCCUUCCACGGACGGAAGAAGAUCAAGAAAGGAGCGCGAAGCUGAUCUGAAGCGCAUGAUGGAAGAAGAAAGCGAAGAGGAGCCUGAGGAGAAGGAGAAGGAGCCUGAAGACGAGCCUAUGGAGGAGGCACCGGAGCCCGAGCCCGAGACCAAGAAGGAGCCGGAGCCGUCAGAAGUCGUCGCUAGCAGCGGUGAUGGCCGGCGACGCGGUAAGCGGAAGGUGAUGAAGAAGAAGCAGAUCAUGGACGAGCAGGGUUAUUUGGUCACAACCCAAGAGGCUGUCUGGGAAGAGUUCUCUGAAGAUGAAGCUCCCCCUAAGCCGGCUGCCAAGCCCAAGCCUUCAACAGCCCCGAGUUCGGGCAGUCAGACCAAGUCCAAGAAGCCGGCGCCGAAGGGACAAGGAAACAUUAUGUCGUUCUUCUCCAAGAAGUAA